AGCACAAGAGUGGCGCACUGUCAAGAUGGCUGCUGGGCUGCGGAAACGCGGCCCGCCGGGUUCUGUCGUCCAGCCGGCAGGAAUCUGGAAACAAUGGCUACAGCGGGCCUGGCAAGAACGCUACCUACUGCUGCGGGAGCCACGCUACACAUUGCUGGUGGCCUCCUGCCUCUGCCUAGCAGAGGUGGGCAUCACCUUCUGGGUCAUUCACAGGGUGGCAUACACAGAGAUUGACUGGAAGGCCUACAUGGCCCAGGUGGAGGGUUUCAUCAAUGGCACAUAUGACUACACACAGCUGCAGGGUGACACCGGACCUCUUGUCUACCCAGCUGGUUUUCUGUAUGUCUUCAUGGGGCUGUACUAUGCUACUGACCGAGGUUCUGACAUCCCUAUGGCCCAGAACAUCUUUGCUGUACUCUACCUUGUCACCUUGGUGCUUGUUUUCUUGAUAUACCACCAGACCUCCAAGGUACCUCCCUUCGUCUUUUUCUUCAUGUGCUGUGCCUCUUACCGUGUCCAUUCCAUCUUUGUACUGCGGCUCUUCAAUGACCCAGUGGCUAUGGCAUUGCUCUUCCUGAGUAUUAACCUCUUCCUGGUGCAGUGCUGGAGCUGGGGCUGCUGCUGUUUCAGCCUGGCUGUCUCAGUGAAGAUGAAUGUGCUACUCUUCGCCCCAGGAUUGCUAUUCCUUCUUCUUACUCAGUUUGGCUUCCGUGGUGCCCUCCCCAAGCUAGCCAUCUGUGCUGCUCUUCAGGUGCUGCUGGGAUUGCCCUUCCUGCUGGAGAACCCCAUUGGCUACCUAUCCCGCUCCUUUGACCUUGGCCGUCAGUUUCUUUUCCAAUGGACAGUGAACUGGCGUUUCCUUCCUGAAACCAUCUUCCUGAAUCGUGCCUUCCAUCUGGCCCUGUUGGCUGCCCAUCUUAGCCUCCUCUUGCUGUUUGCCCUCUGUAGGUGGCACAGAACAGGAGAAAGUAUUCUGUCACUGCUGAAGGAUCCUUCCAAAAGGAAAGUUCCACCCCAACCCCUCACAUCUAACCAGAUUGUUUCCAUUCUCUUCACCUCCAACUUCAUUGGCAUCUGCUUUAGCCGUUCCCUCCACUACCAGUUUUAUGUGUGGUAUUUCCAUACACUGCCAUACCUCCUGUGGGCCAUGCCUGUGCGCUGGCUCACACACCUGCUCAGGCUGCUGGUGCUGGGACUCAUUGAGCUCUCCUGGAAUACAUACCCAUCCACCUCCUUCAGCUCUGCUGCCCUGCACCUGUGCCACGCUGUCAUCCUGCUGCAGCUCUGGCUGUCCCCCCAGUUCUUUCCUAAGAGCAGGAAAACUCACUGAAAUCCACCCCUUCUUUCUAGGACUUGCUCAGCAUCAUGGGUGGAACGGACUCUGUGUUCUUAGAAUAAACCUUGCCAAGUCCACCUUUGUGCAGCCUACA